AAGCAGAGCAUCAGAAUUCGCUGUCUGGAGUCACAGACGCCUGACCAGACGUCCCGUUCUAUUUGUCGUAGAGGAGAGAUCUUUAUUUUCUUUCUUUAAGAUGUUACGGAGAAGUAUCUUCUUAAUGCUAUUGUGUUUGAGCGAACUCCCCAGCUGCCGGGCUGGAGAAAAGGAGAGCGAGGAUGGAAUUGCUGAUGAGGAGUCUGAAAUGGAAAACCGUAUUUCAGCUGAAGAACAAAGUACCGACCUGGAGAACCUGAGAAAGUUCCUGCUAGGACAUCUCGAAGUCACAGUUCCACCAGAGAAACCUUUGAUGCCUCCUAAAUCUGCAGCAAAGUUAUCCUUUAAUGUCACCUUGAUAUCAAUUCCCAAAAAAGAGGUGAAGAAAGAGAUGGAUCUACAACUGGAAGAUUCUAAGGAAGAGAAGGUGGAGGUGCAGAAGAAUGAGAUGGAGGAGACGGAAGAAGAACAGAAGGAGUUGAAAGAUCUGACAGAUGAAGAAGGGAAGGAAGAUCUGACAGAUGAAGAAGGGAAGGAAGAUCUGAGAGAAGAAGAAGGGAAGGAAGAUGAAGUGAUAUCUAAAGAAAGUACGGAAACAGAAGUAGCAAGGACAACACAGGCACCAACUACAGUACCGGCAGAUGACAACUUGUCCUAUAUCUUAUCUAGACUGAGCAGCAUUGAUUCCGCCAUUCAUCGUCUCAAUGUCCAGUUCUACGGCCUGGACGUUAAAGUGUCGCAGAUGUAUCAGAGUCUCUCUAAGAUGCGGAAUAAGCUCAGUGAAGCAGAGGAUGUCAUCACCACUGUGUCAGAAAUGAAUCUCAGGAAUCAGAGACAGAUUGGACAGAUUGAAGGUUGUAUGAAAGGCAAGAGGUACAUACGUAAGUGCUACCUUAUCUUCCAGCAUUUUGAAGACUACGAUACAGCGCAAAAGCUUUGCUACAGCCGAGGUGGAAACCUGGCAAUGCCCAUCGAUCAGCAAGAAUUUGCAGCUGUUGCACAAUAUGUUCAUGAUGCCUUCUACCCCUUUAACUGGCCUGUGUGGAUUGGCAUUAACGAUCGACGCUCGGAUGGGCUAUACUUGUUUGAGAACGGGCAUCGGGUUUCUUAUUAUAACUGGUACAAAGAUCACUUAGUGACCCAGCCGAACGGUGGCAUCCUGGAAAACUGUGUAUCCAUCUCCUCAGAUGAUGGAAAGUGGUGGGACAAUGACUGCUCACGGAGGAUGUACUAUGUGUGUGAAUACUAAGCUGCUGCGCUGAGAGUUAAAGGAGUUCUUCAGUUAAGGAACAGCCCACUAAAAACUGAUAUUUCAGCUUUAGGU